GUUAACAGAAGUCGAACGGAAAAGCCGAUAAUCGAUGUUUGUCUUACAUUUCAGUAAAUUACAUGUCCAGCAGGCUCUUGAAUUCCACAAAGUUGUUUACUUGUGCUAUAUGUUUUCAUAGUUGGAUUUUGUUUUAUUAGUAUGAACAUUAAACAAACAGAGCAACAUGAUCGAAAAUUGAGUGAUUCUGAGCUUGAAAUGUAUAGUGUGAAAUCCACCGACCUGCAGGAAUCAGUGGAGAAUGUGGAAGAAAGGGAUGUUGAGAGCGAAGAUGAAAACGACUAUGAGGCCAAAGAAAAUAACGAAGGAGUAAAUGGCACCACUCGUACAGUUACGUUACAAACUUUAAUGAGCGCAAAUGUUUUGCAGCCAGGAAGAUCACUAAUGACAAUAGAUUACUUGGGACAAAAGUUUGUUGGAGAUUUAAUGCCGGAUGGCAAGAUUAAGUCACAAGAAACAGAAACUGUUUUCCUCACACCAAGUGCUUGGGCAGUGCAUUGCAAACGCAUUAUUAAUCCCGAAAAGAAAAGUGGCUGCGGUUGGGCAUCUGUAAAAUAUAAAGGAAAAAAGUUAGAUGCUUAUAAAAACUCAUGGCUGAGAAAGUGCGCGUUACAAAAAGAAAGCAGCGUGGACGAUUUGGACUCAGAAGCUGACAAAAAGGCAGAUUUUCUUUUACCACUAAUAAAACGAACUUUGUGCCCAUACAAUACUGUAAUCAAUAGAAAUUUUUCGCAUGAUGGAAAUAUGCUUAUCAAAGCAGUGCCAUUUACAUCAAUGGGCAAAGUUCAACCAUUUUUAGUUACGUUUAAUUCCUCAGCUCUACUACUUGCUGAUUUUCACUGUCACUUAACUAUGCGAGAAGUUUGCGGUUAUUUUGGAGGCCAUUGGGAUAUAAAUACACACACACUCACGAUAAAUAAAGCCUAUCCAUGUCGAAACGCUCGCUAUGAUCCUCAAAAAGUGGCCGAAGAAGAGCGCGACAUAAAAAACGCGAUUAUGCAAGAUCAGCUUUUACUCGUGGGUUGGUACCAUUCCCAUCCAAAGUUUCAAGCGGAACCUUCAUUGCGGGACUGUGACGCUCAGUUGGACUUUCAAAUUAGAAUGCGUGGUUUAUCAGAUGUCACUUAUACUCCUUGUGUUUCAACAAUCAUUUCAUCUUAUUAUGACGAAAAUCCAACUUUAGAAUCAGUUGUAAAAUCUAUUUGGAUUAUGCCACCAAAUGAAACUAAGCAAAUAGCGGAAUAUGGAUGUCCAAUGCUAAUGCAAUACUCAGUUUUGAUGGACAAGGAGAUACCAGAAUAUGUGCGGUGUGAAGUUCAGGCGUGUGCUGAAUAUUACGCAUUGUUUAAAAAUGAAUUUGUGAAAUUCAAUAGUUUAUUCAGUGAAGAUGUUACUUUUUUAGAAAAGUUAAAAAACACCUUGCGCUCUAAAAUUCCUAUAAAGCAAGAUUAUACGACCUUAUGGAGCUGGAUUUGUGAAGUUUUGGGUUGUGCACAAAAAGAAGAAUUUAUUCCUUCUAAAACGAUACCAACCAUUGACGUAAAUAAGGGUGAAACAACUGACACAACUAUAUCUAUGCCAUAUUCGGUGAAUUCGCCACAAGAUGAAAAAACAAAAGAUGAUUAUAUCACUAGAAUUGUUGAACUGGAAAAAAAUGAUUUUGAUAAAAAGGUUAGCGAAAUAAAAGUAAUGACCCUGCAGGAACAACUUUGCUUGCCAUCGGGAUUAAACAUGAAUCCGGUGCGUACGUAUGCACCUUUGACAACACCAAAUCUGUUGGGAGUCGGUAAUAGGUCGUCUCUUCCAACCCAAAACACCCCGUCAUCUUCUUGCCAUACACCUAUUAGUUCAGAAAAUACAACCAUAUGUUCAGGGCUACUAUCCCCACUGCCGACCGUCGUUACAGCUGGUAAUAAUACCACCGCAACUAAGUCAACUGUGUCUGCUACAGAAAUCUACGACAGUCCGAUAACGGUUCCCUCAAGCCCAGCCAAAUCUGAGAUACCUAUCAAAAGUUCUUCACCACCUAAAUCCGAAACACCAUUGUAUACUCUACAUUUGCUUAACUCUCCUGUACAAAGUCCCAGGAGCAAUAGUAAUAUUACCCAAAAUAUCUCUAACAAUAAUAAGUACGAGACCCCUAAUAUAUCUCAAACGCAAUCUGCAAUAUUCCCUUCUACAACGAAUGAUUUGGUUGCUGCGAGUUUGGCGCAACUGACUGGUCAGCUAGUACCCAAUUUUCUACAAAAUGAUUUAGCUAAUCUUUUUCAACAGCACCAGAGUGAUAAAAAUUAUGGAAAUUAUACUCUUAAUCAAAUAGCUUCUGGAAAUGGUGAAGAACAAAAAAAUAGUUUAAGCGAAACAGCCGCAAGCCGUUGCUCGAAGAACUUCAAUUUGCCGCGUAUACAAGAAUUAUUAGUACAUAAUCAAGAAAUGUUAAUAAAUACUAAAAAUAAAACAGAUCCAUCGAAAAUAUCUUCGAAUUUAAAUUUCUCAUCGAUUUCCUCAAAUUUUCACAAAACGAAACUAAUGAAAGAAUUAAGUAAUAUUAAAAAUGAUCCUUCUAAAAUAAACAAAUUAAUGCGUUCUCCGGAAUAUGCUGCUCUCUUAUUACAUCAGGCAGAAGCACUCGGUGCAACUACUCUAAGUACUCUUGGGAUUGGAUCAGAUUUAAAUUUCUUAACAGGAAGUAGUAUUGGGACCAAAGCCAAUGCAUCACAAAUUGCUGACUAUAAUAACUUAGUUCAAGUUUCAAAAACUCUUGGGUAUGAAUCUUGUAUGCAAUUAGCAAAAUCUGAUGAUUUGAAUAAUUUUCUACAACAACAAAUAGGCGCUGUUGCAGCUGCUACUUUAGCUAAUGUGUCCCUAUCGUCGUCACAUAAUGCCUCUAAAAAGCAAAAGCAGCCAGAAUCGAAACCCUUAACCGACUACAGUUCUAUUUUAGAAACAUAUUCAAAGCUUUUUGAACCCGAAAGUAGUUUUCGGGGCGGUGAAAUUAUAGGAAAUACCGCAAACAAUGCGCGUCGUGAGUUGUCUGCUCUGUUUUCAUCUGAUACCGAACUAUCUGUAUUUGAUACAAAACCGAAGUCUAAAGAUGCCACUUUGCAAAUUCAAGAAAAACAAAAUGCAAAUAAAAACCAGUUCGAAAAUUUAUUGUUUUGUCAUCAAAGUAAAAUUUCACCAGACCUGGGUACACUAUACGCAACUUCCACAGCAACAACUAAUAAACCAGAAACACCGCAGGAUUAUCUUUAUCUCCAGCAGCAACAUGAGAAACAUGAUAGUAAUUUUUUCAUUUCGCCUGCUGCCAUGAUGAAAAUACAAACAGAUUCUCUUUCGGCAAUGAUGAUGAAACCUCCUAAGACCACAUCAUCAACUAUUUCUUCAUUAUCUCGUACACGAGAAACAUCAACAUCUCCUGCCCUUCGAUGUCUAACGCCAACAAAAAGCGGCGCUGGAAGCUCAAACGCAUGCAAUACCACUAAUUUGAAAUAUAAUUUUAGUGCAACUGAUUUAGCUGUUUCCAGUAUACAGUCUAACACAUCCGCUUCGGUUCCUGUAGAAGCUGGUAAUAAUUUAAUAAAGCAUCGAAGGCUCUCGAAUACACCACCUGUUGACCUGAGCUGCCUUUAUGGUGAAGGUCAGUCACCUUUGGGAAAGGGUUACAUGAAAAAACGAAUGGAAUUUUCAUCAAUAGCGGAAUUAGCGGCUCCUCCGCCUACAAAAAUGUCUAAAGUAAAUGAAGACACACUUUCUGUUCUGCAAUGAUACAAUUAUUCAAAAUUUAAAAUUUUGGUAAAACCUACGUGGAGGGUGGUCCAUAUAGUGGUUUAUUUUCGAAAAUUCAAAAAAAUUAACAAAAAUUGUUUUUUUUUUAUCGGUAGAUUAUUGGUUUAUUCGAGCAAACGUUCCCAUUAUUUGUUGAACACGAUUUCAUUCUUGUGGCAGUAGCAUAUGCAGUUAACCUAGUUUUCCUAGACCUUGGUGACGGUUUCUGGCUCUACUAUAUCUUACAAAGGGUUUGCUCGACACUCACCUUAAGGAUCUGAAUCUUUAACGGAUUAUUCGUACAACAUUAGCCCUUCUCGGCAUCCCACGGCGUCAAUUCGCAGCUCGGAAGUGGCCAAUAGACAUCGACGCGACGGCUGAUAACUAGUGAUGGGCGAGUCCGCGAUGUUUAAACAAUCGAGAGAAUCGCCAUCAUUGCAAAAGUAAAAUCGAGUCAAGAAACGACUCGCUGCACGACUGUACAAUCGAGCUGUUUUCGACCGUUUCGAGUAGACUGAUUUAUCAACGACAACUCAAUCGAUAGCUUAUUCAGGUGUGAGUUCAAAAUUUUUAAAAUGCCUCGCUUAAAAAAAAACAAUAGUAUUGGAGUUUUUUAAUAAAAUAUCGGAUCGUGACAGCACAAUAUCAGCUAACUGCAAGUUGUGCAAAUGCGCUAAAAAUAUUUUGGAAUUUCGAAAAGUUGUGAUGCAUAUGGUUGUCGUCGUCUGCCAAUCUUUAAGCAUGGUUGAAGACUGUGGUUUCAAUUAUUCUUCUUCUUAAAUGAUGCGAUAACCGCUUACGCUAUUUUGGCCGGCGCCAGUUGGACACACGAAGUGAAGCCAAGUCCUUCUCCACCUGAUCUUUUGAACACAGAGGAGGGUUUCCUCUUCCACUGCUACCAUCAGCUGGUACCGCAUCGAAAACUUUCAGAGCCGGAGCGGUUAUAUCCUUUCGGACGACAUGAACCAGCCAGUGAAGCCGCUGGAUCUUUAUUCGCUGCGCUAUGUCUAUGUCGUCGUAAAGCUCAUACGGCUCAUCGAUCCAUCGCCUGCGAUAUUUGCCAUCGCCAACGUGUAAAGGUCCAAAAAUCUUCCGCAGAAUUUGGUUUCAUUUAUUUCACAAAAAAUGUAUAACACGUCACAAACUUCCAUCUCCCAAAGUUCUAUCAAAAAGUAUGUUAGCAGAACCAUAUGAUCCCAUGAGUUCGGAUUUCAGGAGCAUGCUGUAGGAGCCAACUAUAUAUAUUUAAGAACCAACUUGCAGACUUUCGACAGCAACCGUUGCUAUAUAACUAUUACGGCACAUUUCAUUUACGACUUUUUAGUUUUGGCAACCGAAGAAGUCAAAACUGGCCAUUCGUAUACUGGUUUAAGAAAGCGUUCAGUAUUGCAGAAAAAAAUGACAAUGCUCCACAAUGGAUUACCAACAAAUUAAGCACAUUACUUGAGAUUCAAAGGGCUUCCGAAGACCGGUAAUACAGAAGAUUAAAGCCAUUUCGACAAAAAAAGUUGCUGCUAUAACUUCCACCACUACACCGAUAACUGCUUAUAUUUUGAUGAUAAAGCAAUAUUUGAAAUGCCUUAUUUCGAUCGUAAGCAGGAUCCAUUACGGCUUUGGGAAAUUCAUCAUUCUAAGUUUCCAGAAAUAUAUACAUAUAUACAGCUUCUAAUUACCUAAAUAUUUCUACAACUUCUGUGCCCUCGGAACAAAUAUUUAGUAAAGCUGGUAUGAUGACCAAUUUGAAGCGAAACAGAUUGGACUCAUAAAGACUGGAUCAACUCUUACUUUUAAGUGAGAAUUUAGACUUGAAUUCUUUGUUUUGAUAUUUAUUAUCAAAUUUAUAUAUACUAAUUGAGAUAAUUGUUGGGUAUACACAGUAAAGAAGAUUUACAGAAAAUAUCGUUUUUUUUGUAAUUACUAUUCGUAACACUAAGACACCUCGUUUUAUGCCCACUUUAUGAAAGGAAAAUUAAAAAAAAAAAAUCCAUAGAAGCAAUAUUUACUAUAACUGAUCUCAUUUUUUUUAUAAACCGACAAGGAUAUAUUUUUUUCUUCCUAAUUAUUAUGUGUAUAAUUCCAAUGAUUCCAGUUAUUCUUUACCUAAAUUGUUACAUGUACAAAUGAAGUUGCCAUGAGCCUCAAGCAGUAUUGCCCACUUUCAAUAAGCUGCAAAACUUGGAAAACCGCUACCGCUUUAAAAGCACUAUUUUUGCUUUUUGUUUUUUGUAUUCAGUGAAAACUUUUAUUUUACAAUAGUUUGUAUUAAACAAAAGUAAAAAAUAAACAUAUAGUGAAUUAUGUAAUUCAACAAUACAAAAUAUAUUCGUUCAUAACGAUUGUGUAAAAAAAUUAGCCUCAAUACAUUUAAAAUAUACAAUAUAUCAUAAAAUUGACUUGAAGUCAUAUUUUGAAUUUCCAUGAACGUGUUUACUAUCGAUGUAACAAUUUACAUCAUCUGGUAUAUUAUGUUGUAAUUGUCACAAUAACAAUUCUGUGGAGCAAUGCAUUUACUGAAAAGAGUCAUACGGUUACAAUUUUUGCUUUGAAAAGUAUUCAUUGCGCUGAGAACGCGAUCAACUUCUGCCUUUCAGUUCAGAGAAAAGCAAUAAAAGGCGAUUGGGCAGUAAACUAUUUUUUUGGCGUUCAAGGAGCCUUAAAUUUAGUGCUUAAGGCAUUAAGUUGGCAACUACGGCCACAAGCUAGUCAGAGAUGUGCCGGUCAAUUGUUGUCUAAAGUUAAACGCGACUAGCGAUUCGUUGCCAGAGAUCGUGAGAGAAAACCAUCGAGAUGUUUUAACAGUGGCUGCCCAGGACCGACUGCGAGAUGUUUUGGUCGAUCGUUUCGAUUGUUAGCUAAUGUUACUUUAACUUGAGCAUAACUAUUCGCGACUGGCAAUUCAUCGCAGGAGAGAAAACAUCGAGACAAUUGAGUAAAAAAUCGCGGACUCGGCCAUCAUUACGAUUACCGAGCUUAACACGCAAGAAAUCGAUUGUGGCAUGGACUAUGUAGCUUGACGCGCCAUCCUGCUGAAACCAAAGAUUGUCCAAGUCCAUGUCUUCAAUUUCCCGCCACAAAAUAUAUUUAUCAUGCCUUGUAACGCUCAUUGUUGACUGAAAUGGUGUUUCCAGCAGCAUCUUGAAGGAAAAAUGGGCUAAUGAUGCUACCGCUCCAAAACCUACACCAAACUGCCACUGCGUGAGAAUGCACUGGUUUCUCGAUGAUCACAAGCGAGUUUUCUGAUCCCCUGAUGAGGUAAUUUUGUUUGGCAACUUAGCCUCCGAAAUGAAGAUGCACCUUGGUUUGAUUUAUUUUCAAUAAACGCAUUAGUUGGGCUACAUAACAUUAACUUGCAAUAUUCCUCUACGUUGCUCAAGCGUAAAGCGACUGAUUUUGUCCCCCCGGGAUAUGAUACUAACCUUCUGUCAAAGAUUUCCAUGGAAAAAGAGGUGUCACUGGCAAAAUAGCAUAUGAUUAAAAAACACUAUAUAGGGCACCCUGAAUAUUCUGCUAUAUUUUUUAGUAUUAAAUAAGUUGAUAUCAUUUAUAUGUAAGCUGGCAAUAUAAAAAUUUUUGUUAUAUAAUUCGAUUUGUUUAUGUCCUACAGUUUAUAGCUAUUAACAAAACUAUUUAAUUUCGAAUGAAGUAUUUUGAACAAUGUUUUUAUACUAAAACAGCAAAAUAUACUGAACUAUCUUAUAAUUAAAUUAAAUAAAAAUAUAUUAUGCUUGCACCAAA